GCGGUCUCGGCGAAACAUUACAUUUUGUACUGUGUUUUGGAAAAUUUAUUGGGUGCACAUAUACAAAACUAUGAAACUCCUUUCAAUCUCAAUUUUUUUGAUGCUGUUUCAUGAAGGAAUUUCAGAUGACAACCAAUGGGGUACGGUGUGCGACAAAGCCUGGGACAUCAAAGACGCCUUCGUUGUAUGCAAUGAACUGGGACUGGUCAAAGCGAUCCAAGAGACAAAGAAAGCCAAAUAUGGUCAAGGUCAAGGUCCCGUAUGGCUUAGCAAUGUGCAGUGCUCAGGAGGAGAGAGAUCUCUGCUAAGCUGCCCUCACUCUGGGUGGGGAAAUGUUGGUAGUUGUACCCAUGGUAACGACGCAGGUGUAAAGUGUUUGCAAAAAGGUCUUCCGCGUUUGAUUGAGGUUGGCUGUUAUAAAGACAGUAAAACCAAUCGAGCCCUUCGAACUCUGUACGCCUAUCUACGAAAGGAAAUCGAUUGGUAUAACAUAAGAAACAUGGUUACCAAGUGUGCCGAAAAAGCCUGGCAACGAGGAUUCCGAUAUUUUGGAAUCCAAUUUUACGGAGAAUGCUGGAGUGAUGAAGAAGCCGAGACACGAUACGAUAUGCAUGGAGAGGUUGGACAACUACAGAGCAAACAGAACUGUAUUGAAGGCGUUGGGAUGCACUGGGCAAAUUUUGUGUACAAGUUUGCACCUUGGUCGGACCUGGGAUGUUGGAAGGAUAAUACACGUGACCGAGCAAUGGAAAAGUUGCUUGUGAACCUGCGAUCCCAGAUUGAUUGGUUUAACAUCGGUAAAACUGUCGACCUUUGCUACCAGGCCGCAAAGAAAGAUGGGAAGAAGUAUUUUGCCGUGCAGUUUUACGGCGAAUGUUGGGUGGAUAAAGAUGAUACAACUUACACGAAGCAUGGAUCGAGCACAUCCUGCUGGAGUGGAGUGGGAAAACAAAGAACAAACUAUGUGUACAGUGUUCUGUGGUAAGAAGUCAGGUCAUUUUCACCGAUUUCUUCACAAGGAGCGUAUCUUUGGCUAGAUGAAGCUGUCGCAGACGCUUUCCACAAUUUGAAUAACAACUAGUUUUGAUCAAAACACUGUAUAAGAAAUAAACACAAGCAAAGUUAA